AUGGCAGGUGAUGAACUAGAUGACGGACUAGAAUACGAGGUUGACUUCUCUGACACAGAGACUGUCCCUCAGGUUGAAACUGCUGAAGUGGCUGAGGACGGUUCUGACGAUGAGACUUCACCAAAAGAGAACUCCAAGAAGAGAACCAAGAACCCUAAAUUGCAGGAGAAGAAGAAGCUCAAGAUGGAUAUGGACAUUGAAAAGAAGAAGAAACUCUCUACUGAGUCUUCACCUGAAGUCAUUUGCGACUAUGUGAACGACGUGAUCCGUAAGAGGAACACAGAACUCUCGGCCUUGGAGUUGUCUGAGCUUUACCUCAAGAAAGCAGACUUCAGAUCGUCAUCCGAGUUCGAUGAGCCUCGUACACUUGACAACUUGUCCAAGUUCAUCGACAACAGAUUUGGUAACAUGCUUCCUUCAACUACACCAGGAAAGAAGAACACCAAAAACAAGAAGAACAAACAGUCCAAGGGCGCCAAAGAAACCGAGGAAGGGGAUACCAACCAAGAAAGAAAGUUCAUUGCAAUCAUGUCGAUGUCCGCCAUCAGAGCAUGUGAUGUCCAUCGUGCUCUUCGAGACAUUCCAGGCUCUUCGCUCAAGCUCAUUAACAAGAACAAGCUACAUGUUGACCUCAAACUCGUUUCCACCACCUGGUCCCGUGUUCUUUGCUGUACGCCAGGUAGACUUGCAAAGGUGCUUAGUGCUGAGGAGCUGGGAUUGAAGAAAGAAGAAGUCAAGAUUGUUCUCGUUGAUAACUCUUACCUUGACCAAAAGCUCCAGAAUAUAUGGCACAUUCAGGAAACCACUCAGGUGCUCAAGGAGAUGGCUGAUGCAGGGGCAAAAAUUUAUUUGUAUUAG